UCUCUCUCGUCCGUCUAUACAAUCGAGCUGUUGUAUGUAUAUUGCGAUCAAUCCUCAAAACACAAGAGGAGGAACGCAUACACAUUUUGAUGGAUGAAAUUGAAACUCGCGAUUUGUCAUCCUCGUCGGAUUCCGAGGAGGAAAAACCAUCCUCCAUCAAGGGCAAGACCGUUUACCGCCUCUUCGGCCGCGAGCGCCCCCUUCACAUGGUCCUCGGCGGUGGCAAACAUGCUGAUGUAAUGCUAUGGAGGGAGAAAAAAGUAUCAGCAGGGAUCCUUGGUGGUGCCACAGCUAUUUGGUUUUUGUUUGAAGUGCUUGACUUCCAUUUUGUGUCCUUGAUCUGUUACACUUUGAUGCUCGGUUCAGCUUGUCUUUUCUUGUGGGCCAAUGCCGGAACCUUCCUCAGCAGAUCUCUUCCAGAAAUCCCGGAACUUAGAAUCCCGGAAGCGCUGGCAGUGAAGGUAGCCUCUGAUUUGAGGAUUCUGAUCAAUCAAGCAUUUGCUGUUUUGAGGGAUGUUGCAUCAGGAAAGGAUAUGAAGAAGUUUAUCGCGGUGAUUGUUGGCUUAUGGAUGAUGUCAGUUGCAGGGCGUUACUGGGAAUUCUUGACAGUCCUCUAUUCAGUUAUGGUGGUGGCAUUCAGUGUGCCCCGGUUCUACGAGAAGUAUGAAGAUCAGGUUGACGCGUAUGGGGAGAAGGCAGAGGCUGAGUUUUGGAAACAAUAUGCAGUGUUUGAUGCCAAAGUCUUGAGCAAGAUACCAAAGUAUAAUAAUAACAAGAAGAUGGCAUGAGUGGUUUUAGAUUUAUUUUCAUGGUUAUCAAAUAGGAAGCUUAGUGGUUCCAUUCUUUUGUGUUGAUUAAAGUGAUUUUUUGUAAGGUUUUAGCCCUCAUAUGUUUUUGCUUUGAAUCUUAGUUUUGCAAUAAUUCAUGUAUAAUUCUCUGGAAAUUUGUUUUGGUUUUUUUGUGGUUUAGA